GGUGGGGUGGGUGUGGGUGCGGGUGUGGGCGUGGCGGGCUGGAAGCUUCGACGGCGCCGCGCGGCGGUUGGGGAGGGAAGCGUGUGCGUGCUGGAGGUUGUGCCCGCCGCUGCCACCGCUGCUGCGCCAUGGACUCCCGCAAGCUGAGCGAGCUGCGGGCCUUCGUCCGGCUCUGCAAGCAGAACCCGGGCCUGCUGCACAGCGAGGAGCUGGCUUUCCUCCGGGAGUGGGUGGAGAGUAUGGGAGGCACAAUACCGCCUGCUCCAGCCAAUACCUCUACAGAGGAGACAAGCAAGGGCAAAGCAGAGGAACAGCCAGAGGAGCCAGUUAAACCACCUGAACCAGAAAGUGAUGAGAGUGACCUAGAAAUUGACAAUGAGGGAGUUAUUGAACCAGACAAUGAUGACCCUCAAGAAAUGGGGGAUGAAAAUGUGGAGGUAACUGAAGAGAUGAUGGAUCAAGCUAAUGAGAAGAAGAUAGAAGCAAUCAAUGCUCUAAGUGAAGGUGAACUUCAGAAGGCUGUUGACUUAUUCACAGAUGCUAUCAAGCUGAAUCCUUGUUUGGCCAUCUUGUAUGCCAAGAGGGCAAGUGUUUUUGUGAAACUACAGAAGCCAAACGCUGCCAUUAGAGACUGUGACAGAGCCAUCAAGAUUAAUCCUGACUCAGCACAGACCUACAAAUGGAGAGGGAAGGCACAUAGACUUCUGGGUCACUGGGAGGAGGCUGCUCAUGAUCUUGCAUUAGCUUGUAAACUGGAUUAUGAUGAAGAAGCUAGUGCUAUGCUGAAGGAGGUGCAACCAAGAGCUCAGAAAAUUGCAGAACAUCGCCGAAAAUAUGAGAGGAAGCGUGAAGAAAAGGAAAUAAAGGAAAGAAUGGAAAGAGUGAAGAAAGCACGAGAGGAGCAUGAGAGAGCACAAAGGGAGGAAGAAGCAAGACGACAGGCAGGAGGAGCUCAGUUUGGUGGAUUUCCAGGUGGAUUUCCUGGGGCUAUGCCUGGAGGUAUGCCUGGAAUGGCAGGUAUGCCAGGUCUCAAUGAGAUUCUCAGUGAUCCAGAAUUUCUUGCAGCCAUGCAGGAUACAGAAGUUAUGGUUGCGUUCCAAGAUGUUGCCCAGAACCCAGCAAAUAUGAGCAAGUACCAGAAUAAUCCCAAAGUCAUGAAUCUCAUCAGUAAAUUGUCUGCCAAAUUUGGCAGUAAACCAUAAGGUCCUUGCUUCUUAAAAAUCACACCCGAAUGGGAAGGAUGUAAUUUGGCUAACCAGUGUUGCAAUAAAACAAACCAUUGUACCUCUGAUCUUCUUAGGAAGAGAAAUGGGGUGUUCUAAGGAGAACUUCUCUCUAGCCCCAAGUGGUGACUUGAUUCAAUGAUUGGUUUAUAGUACUCUUAAUUACAUUCAGAUGACCUAGUUUCAACCAUUCCUCCUUGUCCAAGAGAUGCAAACUUUUAUAGGUACUACAGACAGUUUCCUUUGAAUUAAUACUCCUGUAAGAAACUAAUAUUCCAGGAGUGUAAGUGCUGUUGUGUUUUGGAUUUUUUUUUUUUUUAGUUAUUCCCACUAAGCCAAGAGGAGCUUUAGCAGUUGAGGUCUGUCUUAUUUCCCUUAGGACAGAAAAGUUGGCUAGUCACAAAUAGCAAAGGUGGGACAAGUCUGAAGAAUUAACUGGAUAAAGGAAUUGUCUAUAAAUACAAGGGGGUUUUUGUUUGUUUUGUUUUGAGGGUUUUUUUUAGUGGGUGAUUGACUUUAUAUAGCUAUUAAAAUUAUCAGUAUAACCAUGCUAGCUAAGUACACACUGGAACUUCUGACAGUACUACAAAUAGUAUAAAAAUUUGAUCACCACAACUGUAUAGCAAAGGUACUAGUUCUGUCCUUUGCAUAUCCUGGCAUGAAGUACAUACUGCAGAGGCCACAGAGGUUUUGAUAAAGACUCAAAUCUUGUCCAGCACCUUUACAUAACGUUUUAUUUAUCAGUCUGGGUAUGGCAGAGCAGCUUACUUUCUGUGCUUGUGCUCUUGUCCUUUCCCAGUUGGCAUGUCCUCUGCUGGUUGCACUUGCCCUUUCCUGGGGCCAUGCUUACCAAGUUUCAUCUAUUUGGAAACUUUAGGCAGGGAAUCUCAUUCCCAUCACUACCUCUGUCCCACUAAAUGCAAGCCAUCCAGAACAUGUAAAUGCAGAGUUACAAAUCAGUGAAGGGGAGAACAGCCAACAAAAUGGCAGCUCUGGGUUCUGAGUCGGUUUGAGCCCUUACAUGCUUAUUGAUUAACAUUUCCUGGCCAAAGUCCUGCUGUCUGUUUAGAGGUGAUGACUCUUCCUUCACCACAUACUGUAGUCUUCCAUCUUUUUCUUGUUUCCUUUUCUUUAAAACAAAACAAAACAAAAAACCCUAAAACAAAAAGCUAUUGUCAUGGUUUUGUACUUCUGUGUUUUUGAGUCUUGUGAUACCGAGGAACAGGUGAAGCAGCUGGAACAGACAGAACAUUCUUCUAACACUUGUGGGUUACCAGCAUGGAUAUCCUUGAAGGCAGUGUCUGUGCUGAUGACUUUCAGUUGAUUUGUCUACCAGUACAAAAAGUUGUUGCUUUUGUUUGUCAUAGCUAAGACAUUAUAUUUCUGUAGAAAAAUGCCAUAGUUACCUGUUCUUCGCUUGAGUCUCAACAUUUGUGUUACUCAUGUAAUUCUGUAUCUUAAGCCAUAACUGUUACAGUUUUAAAUAAAUCCAGAUUGGUGUAGGAACUCAACAGCAGCUGCAAAAAAAAAAAAAAAAAAAAAUUCCCAAAUGCUUUUUCUCAUACUAAUGACCCUGCAGAACAAAAUGUGAAUCUUUUUGCCUAAGAAAUAUACUUCUGAGUUCUUCUCUUAGCCUUUAAAAAUAAAGUAUGGUUUUGAAAAAUGAA